UUCUCUAUCAACGCUCUUGACAUCGAUAUUUAUGUUAGACAACAUAAUAUAUAUUAAAAGACUAUUAUAAAAAAAAACAUAAAGUUAAAAAAGACAUUAUUAAUGAUAAGGGUUUAUUGCAUUUGUUACAAAAGAAAACGAGGCAAAGAGAAAACUGAAAAAGUCUAUGAUGUUGUUUGGCAAUGAGAGCAUUUUGCUCUCCAAAAUUGUGUUGUCUUUGAACAGUUCCUUCCAACACUUCAACGCCUUCUCCUUAUAAUUCUGCCACAUUUCACGCCUUCUCUUCCCAUAUAUAUAAACUUCCUUUGAACAAUAUCUUAUAGCUACAUCUCCUUAGUACCCAAAACUCCAUCAAUUUAUCUCCUCUUGGCUCAAACUUGCUCUAGUUUUUCAUCUCCCAAAACUGCACAACGUCAACAAUGGUCGAGCCAGCAACCGAUACAAAGUCGGCUGUGAGAACGGUCGCUUUGUUGAAAGAUGAGCUCGACAUUGUGAUCCCAACCAUUAGAAACUUGGAUUUCUUGGAGAUGUGGAGGCCGUUCUUUGAGCCUUACCACUUGAUCAUUGUUCAGGAUGGUGAUCCUACCAAGACCAUCAAGGUUCCUGAUGGUUUCGACUAUGAGCUCUACAAUCGGAAUGAUAUAAACAAGAUUCUCGGCCCUAAGGCCUCGUGUAUCUCAUUCAAAGACUCUGCGUGUCGUUGCUUUGGUUAUAUGGUGUCCAAGAAGAAGUACAUCUUCACCAUUGAUGACGAUUGCUUUGUCGCCAAGGAUCCUUCGGGAAAGGCAAUCAAUGCUCUCGAGCAACACAUCAAGAACUUGCUCUGCCCCUCAACUCCAUUUUUCUUCAAUACCCUAUACGACCCUUUCAGAGAAGGAGCUGAUUUCGUUCGAGGAUACCCUUUCAGCCUUAGGGAGGGUGUCCCAACUGCUGUUUCCCAUGGCCUAUGGUUGAACAUUCCUGAUUACGAUGCACCUACUCAACUCGUCAAGCCUCUUGAGAGGAACACUAGGUAUGUGGAUGCUGUGAUGACAAUUCCUAAGGGCACCUUGUUCCCAAUGUGUGGUAUGAAUUUGGCCUUCCAUCGUGAGUUGAUUGGCCCUGCAAUGUACUUUGGUCUCAUGGGCGAUGGCCAGCCGAUUGGUCGCUACGAUGAUAUGUGGGCUGGUUGGUGUAUCAAGGUGAUUUGUGAUCACCUAGGGCUGGGGGUGAAGACUGGUCUUCCAUACAUCUACCACAGCAAAGCCAGCAACCCAUUUGUAAACUUGAGGAAAGAGUACAAGGGCAUCUUCUGGCAAGAAGAGAUCAUCCCAUUCUUCCAAGCUGUGUCACUUCCAAAGGAUUGCACAACUGUUCAGAAGUGUUAUAUUGAGCUAGCCAAGAUGGUGAAGGACAAGCUUGGCAAGAUUGAUCCUUACUUUGAUAAGCUGGCUGAUGCCAUGGUGACUUGGAUUGAUGCAUGGGACGAGCUUAACCCAACCGGGGCGGCCAAUAAGGGCAAAAAAGCUUAAUUUCAUUGAUUAAUUAGUUUCAAUUUUUGUUUGCUUUUCCCUCUCUUUGUUCCUUUGUUCAUUUUUGUUUUUUUCUUCACACUUGGGAGAUGAGAAGUUGAUAGUUAUUGGUCCAUCUUAUGAGUUCAUGUCACUUCCUAAUUUUUUUUUAUUAUGUGUGUAAGUCUUGAUUAUGAGAUUUGCAAUAAUAAAAUUGUUGUUGUGGUUGAAUUCCUUUUUCAUCUGCCUUAUUAUAUAUUUUUUUAUCUCAUGGGUUGAAUUUUGUACAAAUGCUAAUAUAUAUUGUGCUUAAACAUGGAUUGGUGUUAAUAUAGGUUGUAAUGGUUUAGCGGCUUUUAUAGAUUAAGGACUCUAACAGACGGUAUUAAAAACCAACUAAGUCUAAUAAGUUCAAGAAGAGAUUUUCUUAUGAGAGACUAACAUAUACCACAUUUUAAUUUUGUAAAAGUUGUCAUACAUACUAUAAGAAAUGCAUCUAUGUAUUCAAGUUUAGAGGUGAAAUUAUGCAAUUGUGAAUACGUUAUACAACUAGUUCUAUACUCAUGGCAAAAGAGAAACCAUAAGAAAAACUUGAUCAUAUAUGACUUUAUAAGUUGAUAUGCAAACAUGAAACACUUGUCGUUUCAACGGAAAAGCCACGAGGCUCAACUCAUACAGAUCAAUUAACAUAAUUAGAGCACAGACGGAACUAAUUAAAGCAUGGAAGGUAUCUUUCAUCAGCGUGGAAACAAAAUUUAGAUGAAAACAAAGUUAGGCGACUAAAUAUUCAUAACUUGAUAAGAGAAACAUAAAGAUAAAGAUGACGAUAACAAUGACCAUUUUGUUAAAACCCGAAAAGUUUAGUGAGCACUUUGUGACAUUUCAAAGUUAAGUGAUCGAUUUGUAACGUUUGUCAUAAGGUGAAAAUCAAGUAGACCUGCCAAUUGAGUAGGAUUGAGUGGUUUACGAUUAACUUCGCGUAGUUGUCCGGUGAUAUCAGGUUGGUUGAUUUUGGUGUAAAUACCGAUUCACUCUAAAAUUUUCGAGUCAGGUUUCGAAUUAUUACCGCUUACGAGCAUCAUCAGAAACAAGCACACGUGAAUUUUCGAAGAACACAAAUUUCAUACAUGCAUGACCACAAUUUAAUUGCAUAUUUUCAAAUCCUAACAUGAAAAAUACAAAUUGUACAAAAGCAUCCAGGAAACACCUCGACUCGAUGGUAACAAUAUUACAAGAAUCACAUUCCCAAACAUUUCAAAAAUUGUAUUGUUUAAACACGGUAUCGAUUUAAUGAGUGAUUUACCACUUUAGUCAUUCGAUUAAUUGAUUUUAAAGUUAUAAAGAGCUUGAAAUCUU